CAUGGAUGAUAAUAAUGGAGAAGCAAAGAGAAUGGAAGAAGGUUUGAAUGGCUCUAUUGUUAUUGAUCAUGAUGAAAAGGACAAAACGGUCAUUUCUCAUGAGAAAGAUCAAGGAGCAAUGAAACAGAAAACAAAGAGAAUCGCAACACUUGAUGCAUUUAGAGGUUUCACUAUCGUGGUGAUGAUAUUGGUUGAUGAUGCUGGGGGGGCUUAUCCAGAAAUUGAUCACUCUCCUUGGAAUGGAUGCACAUUGGCUGAUUUUGUUAUGCCUUUCUUUCUUUUCAUUGUUGGAGUUGCCAUAGCUCUUGCAUUCAAGAGAGUCCCUAAGGUUAAAUAUGCUGUGAAGAAGAUAUUCAUUAGAACAUUGAAACUUCUCUUCUGGGGUAUACUUUUGCAAGGUGGAUACUCUCAUGCCCCUGAUGACCUUUCAUAUGGGGUUGACAUGAAAUUUAUUAGAUGGUGUGGCAUUCUUCAGAUGUUAAUGCAAUUAUGA